AUGGAAACCAGUGAAACCUUGAUCUCCCUGUUUGUGAUGGCGUGUAUCAUACUCUUUGUGGCCAACUGCAGACAGAUGGCCAACUGGUCUUCACGGCGGAGCCUCAGCUGCUACAGCUUCUUCCUGGAGUUAACUGGCACCUUCCAGAUCUGCGCCUGCACCCAUGAACUUAGCCUGCUAGGUGAUUUGGUGCCCAAACCGCAGGUAGCCCUGUUCCUCACCUACAUUUUCUCAGUCGUGCAUGGCUGGACUUUAACUGGCAGCGUGGCCAACCCGGCCAGCAGUUUCCAACAGUUCUACAAAGGGCGGCUAGGAGUCCAAAGCUGGUGUCUGCAGACUUCAGCUCAGUUCGCAGCAGCCAUCCUGGCUCACAUUUGCAUGAAAUUAAUCUGGAUGUUGGGCAUGACCUCCGGACAUUCAACAGCCUUGCCAGAGAGCUGCAUUAAUCCAAUUCAAACUACCGUGGCCAAUGCGUUUGGCCUAGAGUUUCUCUUCUCCUUCUUGCUGCAUCUGACUUUACUCCAGUUUGAGUCAAUGGAUCGCAGGAUAAAAGUCCAUCUGAUUGCUUUGCUGAUCACCUCUUUUGUCUAUACAGGAGGAAACGUCACUGGUGCGAUAUUUAACCCAGCUCUGGCUUUUUCUUUGCACAUACGCUGCUUUAUGGACCAAUUUUGGAAUUACGUGGCAGUGUAUUGGAUAGCACCAUGCAUAGGAUCCACGCUCGUGACCGUUAUAUGGGAUGAAGUUCUCCCCGGACUAUACCGAGAAAUUUAAGGCAGAGAAGAUAGAUGGUUAAGGAACCCAUUACAAAAGCUGAUGCAGUCCCUUUUCCCCCAUUUUACUGGAGACUAGGGUUGAAGUAUUCCAGCAUCUUUCAGAGGUUGAUUUUGAGCGUACGGUUUUAAUGUGCACUACGUUCCUGUGUUCUAAAGCCUUUCCCCAAGCGGAGGCACACAUUUCAAAACUGCAAGGAUGUGUUUACUUUUUCAAAUUGAUGUAUUCUUUCUGAAUGAGCUGAACACAGAACACCCAUGCCUGUUAAAGGGAAGUCACCUUCCUUUAUGCAACUUCCAUCUCUUCUAGUACAGAUGAGUUUGUCUGUUUUAAGGGGAAACAGUCCAAAAAGAAAAAAGUACUAAAAAGUAUCACAGAAGUGCAUUUUUUUUUUUUUUAAAGUAGAUAGGGAAUAGGAUACCAGCUAAAACGUCGGGAAAGGGUUCAUAAUUAAGACUAUUACGAA